AUGGUGGCUGAUGGGGUGGGUGCCCGCGAGGAUGGUGUCCGAUUACUUUUGACUGUGCUGGCUGGGUAUCCUCUAUCGGCGGCUCAUCGUUGUUUUUUCUACAAAAAAGAUCCUCAAAUACAACACGCCUUCUUUGUCGCCUGUGGAAUUGUCCUUUAUUUCUUCAAUUAUGGAUUCACCAUCUAUCACAGUCUCAUCUCAAUCCUCUUUGCCUACGUGAUUACGAAUUUCCUGCGCGGCAAAAAUGAGGCUGUUUGGGCGGCACACAUCGCAUUUUUGGGCCAUCUACUCGUUGGAUAUUGGUUUGCCGAAACGGACACCUACGAUAUCACGUGGACGACUCCGUUCUGCAUAAUGUGUCUACGAUUUAUCGGACUUGUGAUGGAUGUGUAUGAUGGACAACAUUAUGACUCUUUAAAAGCUGACCAAAAGCUCACAGCAAUUCGUGACCCACCGAGCCUUCUUGAGACAGCUGCUUUUGGUCUCUUCUUCACAGGAACUUUGGUUGGACCUCAAUUCUCACUUGCUCGUUUCCGCGCCUUUGUCAACGGAGAUUUUCUUGAUGAGCAAAAACAAGUUCGGUCUAGCGGUUUGAUGCCCUCGCUUGGACGCUUCGUUGCCGGUGUAUUCUACAUGGUGAUUAAUCAAUGGGGUGCAGUUUGGAUUCCGGACAGUUAUUUCAAUUCGGAGGCUUACUUUAAUGCUUCUUUCUUCUGGCGUUGGACAUGGGCAGUGAUUUGGUUCCGCUUGACGAUGUAUCGAUACUGUGCGGCUUGGUUGCUGUCAGAAGGAGGGGCCAUCUUAAACGGCAUUGCUUACAACGGAAAGGACGAGAAAGGAGAAGACAAAUGGGAUGGUGUCCGCGAUAUUCACAUUUCUCGAUGGGAAUUCGGUCACGACUACAAUUCGGUGGUGCUCUCGUUCAACUGUGGAACAAAUACAUUUGCCAAGAAUCACAUUUUCCGACGUCUACGAUGGUUAAAUAGCAAGCCACUGGCCCAUCUCUCGGUGCUGAUGUACUUAGCGGUGUGGCAUGGGUAUCAUCUCGGCUACUUCUUGUUGUUCAUCUUUGAGUUCUCUUGUAUGAUUGCUCAAGAACAGCUUUACUUCUUGAUCGAUCGGGUACCCGGGUGGAAAGAGUUUAACCAACAGGCAUGGAUGCGACCGAUUUGCUGGCUUACCGGAAAGAUGAUCAUCUCUUACUCAAUGGGUUUCGCCUUUCUCACCUUCGGACUCAUCAAGACGAGACUUUGGUACAAGCCUCUCUUCUCGCUCUACGGUAUUGGAUACAUUCUCUACUUUGUUGCAUGGCCAAUCCUUUUCCAGGUUCUCAAAAGAAAACUCCCACUCAAGAACAUCUAUGAGGUUCCAAUCGUCAACACCUCUCGCUAUCCGGGUAUCGAGAUCAAAAUCGGAUCACCUAGGCAAUUGAUUUACUGUGAGUAUUUGAAUGUCGAGUUCUACGGGAUGAUCAUCGUUGAUGGAUACGAUCCAACAAAGUCGAUCACUGCUAAGAACAUCACGCUCACCGAUAACAACGAUUUCACGCUGAUGGAAGAUACAAUCUACAUCUCAAACGUACCGCUACCCAAUUAUCGCUUCAAAUUUCUCAACUAUGGCUCGUCAAAUAAAGUGAAAAAACGAUUGGUUCACGGGAAUUGCAAUCUUUUCAUGGGACGGUUGACAAAUGGAACAAUGGUGUCACCGGUAAAAGAAAUGAAUCAAUAUCUCGAUCAAGCGAUUCUCACGUAUUACAUUCGAAACUUCACAGCCGACGUUGAGAUGGGAUCGAUGACAUGGGGAGGAGUGGACACGAAAAAUUGUGGGAAUUUCAAAUGGUAUGAUUCGUAUGGGGAAUCCGGAUGGAAUCUUUGGUUUACUGGAGCUUCUGUCGGAAAUGAAUCAAUUCCCCAGCCCGGCUACGGGGACAUUUAUUUGACCGAUGCCGCCUUUUCGGCUCCAUUUUCUCUGAUACAAAAUCUUCUCAACUAUGGCAAUUUUGUUUACGAUGAUUUGAGGGGAAUGUACUCAAUGCCUUGUUCAACUUUUCCAAAAUUACCUCCAAUCACGUUUUUCAUCGAAGGAAAUCCGAUCACCGUUCAACAAGAUUAUUAUGUGACUCAAAUCUACGACGAUUGCUAUAUCAAUAUCGAGGCUCAAGGAUCUCUACCAUUCAUUUAUUCACUUCCAUAUUAUAUUCAACGAUAUUUCUGUGUGGCGAUCAACUAUCAGAGUUUACAGAUUGGUUUGGCUCCUGUGAAA